UUGCGGCAGGAGCUGGUCAGCGCAGGCCGGGGCUGCGGUGUGGGGAGAGAAAGUCGCUGGAAGUACAGCGGGAAAGAGUGAGGGAGAAAAAGCGUACAGAAAAAGAAAGACAACAAGAAAGCGAGAAAGCGACGGGGAAGAAUGUGUGAGAUGUUGUAGGGGCUGUUUUGAAAUGGCCAUCAGGGAGCUGAAAGUGUGUCUUUUGGGGGACACAGGAGUUGGGAAAUCAAGUAUUGUUUGCAGAUUUGUCCAGGAUCACUUUGACCACAACAUAAGCCCAACUAUUGGUGCGUCGUUUUUAACCAAGACGGUUCCCUGCGGCAAUGAGCUUCACAAGUUCCUGAUCUGGGACACGGCAGGGCAGGAGAGGUUUCACUCUCUGGCCCCGAUGUACUACAGAGGGUCUGCUGCUGCCGUUAUUGUGUAUGACAUCACCAAACUGGACUCGUUCCAGACCUUGAAAAAGUGGGUGAAGGAGCUAAAGGAGCAUGGCCCAGAGGAUAUUGUAGUGGCAAUUGCAGGAAAUAAGAAUGAUCUGGGUGAUAUACGGGAAGUUCCCACAAAAGAUGCCAAGGAGUUUGCAGAGUCGAUCGCAGCCAUAUUCAUCGAAACCAGUGCCAGAAAUGCUGUCAACGUUGAGGAACUCUUUCAAAGUAUUAGUCGGCAGAUCCCCCCACUAGAGAACACGGACGUGGACAGCAACGAGUCGUUCAAGAUCACACGCCAGCCACCUCCAUCAGCUAGACGCUGCUGUUAGAGGAGUGAAAAAAUUGUCUUGCUCUCUUCGUCAUAGCUGGAUAUUUAAUUUAGCUUUAUACCCAUCCUAACCUGUAACCUAAAGUUAGCUUGACUUUAGUACUGAUGUAAAAAGAGUUUAGAUUCCGCAGUUUGAAGCAUACAGUAGGUUUCUUCAAUACAGUAUUGUUUACAAAUAUGCACAAUGCCGACUGAACAAUAUUUCCAGUGUUCACUGUGAAGACAGUGGAGCAGAGUUAGCUGGCUAAUUCUGUAAAAAUAACUUCAUAAGGAGCAGAGCCGUAGAUCUAAACACAUUUGUGUCCGACUCGUGCUCCAACUCCACAAUCCUGCACUUCUUAGGACUCAAAAAAAGCACAAAGGCCGGAUCGCGUUGUCGUAAAAUAGUAAGCGUCUUCGUUUAAUGCCGGUCCAGCAUCAGCCUGCCAUAUCCAGAUGUUCAAAUUUUAUACGGACAAGAAUGACAAACAAACCCCAAAAGUAUGAGACGUUCUCAGAGGAUUUUUAAACUUAAUAGAAAAGCA